AAGGGGCAGAGAAGACCUAUUAACGAAGAACACGGAGAAACGGUCUUACAUGCGGAGCAGAUGCGUAGAGGAGGAGGUUAGUUGAUAACUAACUGAAGCACCACUGGACCCUCCGCAAUCCCUCUUGCUACGAGACUAACCUCAUUCCCCGUAACAACCAUCGGUGACCUGCAAACUACCUGUGACCUGAUUGUUUCCCGUGCGACCUAAUUCCCCAGUUGGUAUAUAUUCUCGCUAUGGGAUCAGUGUAGUCAGUUGCUCUUAAUCUUUUCUGUGUUCUUCUGACUACCAUGGCUUUGGAAGUGUCCAAGUGGUUGCCUAUGGUUUACGGGUUUCUUGUGCCUCUUCUUCUUUCGUUCUUGUUCUUCGUCUUCCUCGUUGUCUACAGGAGAAUAAUCAGAAAGACUCCAUAUUCGAAGACGGAUUCUAGACUAACGCAGCUGACGUCUGAUGUACCUGACUUCAUCUCGCCCCCUUCUCCGAGCCUCACUCCCUUCGGAUCUCCCAUUCACCCUAGGACGACGCCGGACAUUAGGACUGAAGACGCGUCCUAUGAGCCAAGGGACUGGUCAUCGACUUUCCAACAGACACCGACUCUAUCGCUGAAGGAGCUUCUGAUGGCCUUUUCGUCGCCGUCCCAGUUGCAGACGAGUUCUCUGGCGUCUGUUCAUUCCUUUGGGGUGGAUGCUUUUCGCUGCUCGUCGCCCACGUCCUCCGUGGCUCCUGUUAGCCCUUCUGUGACCGUGACCAACGCCAGGUCUGGGGUGGCAUGGGGCUUGUGGACGAAGAUAGAGAUCGACGAUGCGCAUCCACCUGUUUGGGUUGACAUGAACACUGCUGCCUAUAUCUAAGUCAUUUUGUGUGUCUCUGUAGCGAAAAUAAAUUAGUAUGUACUAUGAA